AUGGGCCCUAAGGCCUCUCAAGCCCAUAAAAAGGCUCCUCCCAAAAUUCAAACUCAUCAACCUUCAACAGGCUCUUCAAUCGAUUCCAUCACAGUAUCUGCAGGCAGACACCCUCCCAAAAAGCGCUUACAAACCCCUCCAACAACAGCCUCACCACUACCCCUCUCGUCUGGGGCAGAUAAAAAGACUCCUGCCAAAUCUUCAACUACAACAACAACAACCAGCACCACAAAAAAGGGCCGUAAACGCAAGGUCCCGCCUGGAGAAGAUAAACAAGGAAAUGGUUCCAGCGCUGGCGCUGGAACUAGUGGCAGCCCCGCUACCGCUCCAGAAAAACAUCACGGUCCCGGCCGCCCUCGUAAAAAAGAAAAACUUUCCCAUGAUGGAAUGAGUGCCAUGAGCCGAGCAUCAACACCAUCAACGCCAUCUUUGCCAUCUAAACCAGCAGUGUCUUCGGCUUCAAGUACUCCAACAAAAGCGAAACUGCCAAAAGGCGUGUCUGCUAAAUCUGCUUCUAAAAAGAAACCUCCGCCGAAACCAAAAAAACUAACUAAAAAAGCCCAGGCUGCAGCCGCAGCAGCCGCAGCAGCAGCCGUAGCAUCCAUAGCAACGACAUCAUCUACUGCCUCCGCCAAAACAGAAACAACAACUUCUGAUAAUUCUCAGACUGCCCCAUCCACCUCUCAGCCUGCAACAGAUGCAAAUACAGAUGCUCCAGCACCAGUUUCUACUGUCGAACCCCCAGUUAAAGUUGAAUCGGAGUCUCAAUCUCAAUCCCAAUCCCAAUCACAAUCCCAAUCACAAUCCUUAUCCCAAUCUGCUACUACCCCAGCACCAACAACAACCAACACUGCGCCAACAACUCCAGCAAAACCUAAAAAGAAAUAUGCCAAACUUACCAAAGAAGAACGUGAGAGCCGUAAGCUUCUCAAGAAACAAGCUGCCGAAGAAGCCAAGCGUGCCAAAAAGCAAUUAAAAAUCAAUAGCAAAAAUGCAGCUAAGCAAAUCAAAGAACGACCACCGGUGGAUGUGGAAAAGCAGUGUGGUGUACCUCUUACCAAUGGUGGUCUUUGUGCACGCUCACUUACCUGCAAAACUCACUCCAUGGGAGCCAAACGUGCAGUCACUGGUCGAUCCAAGCCUUACGAUGUGCUUCUUGCGGCCUACCAAAAACGCAACCAAGUCAAAUUAGCUGAGCUAUCAACGCAACAACAGCUGGAAAUGGAGAAUGAAGCACUAUCAGCAAAUAACCCUCUAAAUGAAGAUGAAGAAGCUGAAGAGGUUAUGAAUGGUGUGCUACACUCGCGUCCUGUUCCUCUUGAACAGCACGUCAUGGUAUCGAUUCGGCAAAAGACACAGUUUUUGCGUAUGCGAGAAAUGCUUUUUAAGGGAAUCAGAAAAACUCCAUCCAUGCAGUCAUUGCUUCCACUGGUUUCACCGUCAAAUAAUAGCCGACCAGGGUCUCAAAAUGAGAAUGAUUCUGGGCAGCAAUCGUCAUCAACAUCCUCGCAACAGUCACAGUCACAGCAACAACAACAACAACAACAGCGCUCUAAACCGAUAAGCAUUGCCAAUGUUAUGGCGAGUACAGCAGCAAUUCAAGGACGAGCUGUAAUAUUAGAUCCAGUUGUUGGGAAGCCCUAUGUUCGACCGUCACAAGCAUUUUUUGCAGAACGUGUUUUGUUAAAUCAAAAAAUAAUGAGACAAAAGAUUCUUCAACACCGGCAACAACAAUUGCAACAGCAACAAGCACAGCAACAAUUUCAAGCGCAACCACUACAACAGUCACAGUCAUCGCAACAACAACAACAACAACAACAACACUUACAAGGACAACCGGGCCAAAUCCAGGCACAACUUCAAGCUCAGUUCCAGGCGCAAGGAAUGUUUCAGUCGCCUUCAAACGGCCAUUAA